AUGACGUCCUCUGGUCCGGAUAGGAUUAUCAAAGAGGAUAGAGUAAAAACUUAUGUCCAAGAUAUCUUGAAAGAUCCGACAUGGCAGAAAUCGAGUUUGACUUUGGAACCAUCCCCUGUUAUUACUACAGAUCUAGAAAAAGGGAAAGGGAUAGUGUUUGGGUAUGAUAAGGCUGGAGAAAGUAAGCAAAGAGCUAGCAGAGGAGAUAAUGAGGGGAAGUUGUUAAAGACGGCCAUUGACUGUGGAAAUGCUAACUCUUGUAAGGAUAUGAAUCUAGAACUUCAAUCUGGUUUGGAACUGGCUAUCAUCGCCCCUUCUAAUCAAUUCUAUGAUUCUCCAACGGAUUACAUAACCGCAUCCUCGGAUGCUGGUUCUUCCGAGAAAUCUAUGAAAAGGGGAAACAGAAGUGAAGAGGAAAGCAGAGGGGGAAGUUGA